GUUCCUGAACAGCCUAGGGAGCGUCUUCGGCUUCAUCACAAGGGAUGUUGUCAGCAAGGUCCAGAUCCUGGUGGGCCUCAUGAACGGUGCCAACAGCUCUCAGUACGUCACUGUUCAGUCCAUGGUCCAGUACGAGCUACAGAACCAGCAGGUGGACCUGACCAUGACCGGCGUCCAUCCGCAGUCCGGCUGCCGCACCCUGCUCAGACUGCACCGUGCUCUCAGGUGGCUCGAGCUCUUCCUGGAGCGCCUCCGGAUCAGCACCGAGGACGGCAAGACGUCCGUCAUGUGCUCGGAGGCCUACAACGAGUCUCUGGCCCAGCACCACCCGUGGAUGGUGCGUAAGUUAGCGGGCAUGGCUUUUCUGGUUCUGCCCGGACGGCCGGCUUUCUUUGACAUCAUGAACGUGGGCCCACCUGAGCAGGUGGUGGCCAUGCUGGGGGAGGCGGUGCCUCUCAUCUCUGAGGUGUACCAGAUCACAGAAGAACUUUAUGCUAAACACAACCUGCUGGACCUUCCAUAGCUGGGAACUGGUUCUGGUUGUAACCUGCUGGACCUGAUGGGAACUGGUUCUGGUUAAAGUCCAGUAUUUCUGAUGAAGCUGCUCGUCUGUGUCUUUAAAUGUGACCCCUCAUAUCGAAAUGAGGAUCAAGUUAUAUUUGGUCAAAAUGACCUGAUCAGAUUUUCAGAUUCCUGACUUUAAAAGAUACAUUUUGAUACCUGGAUCAUUCUGAUAAAAGUAAAUGCAUUUCUUAGUUUGUUGGUUACGAUGAUACAUUAAUACUUGGUCUGAAUCCUAAUUAUAUGUAAUUUUAAUGAGGAAUUUUUAAUGUUCUUUUAAAGAGGAAACAUCAAAUUAAAUUUGAAUUUUGAGAUUUCCCAGCUGAAAAGAAACAAAACCUUUGUAGCUCACAGGAAAAAUCUCAAAAUGUUAAAGCAUUUUCCCUCAAAAUCAGGUUUUUUGUUGCUACUGUUUAAAAACGUUCUUCAGACAGUUCAUUCAAAUGAUAUAUUGAUGU